AUAUUCUCCCCAGUACAUUAAUGUAUUGGUUUAGAGAUCAUAAAUUUGUAUUUUAUACAUUCUAUGAUGUGCAUCUGAUCUUACAAUAUUCUUUUUUGGUUUCCUGAGAGGAUAAGCUCACCUAUAGUUACCGGAUACCGUCGAUGCUACCACACUGUCAAAGAACGUACGUUUGCUCCAAUUCUGGAACGCUUCUUUCUUUGUCCUUUGGCUUCGAUUCCUCCUCGGCGAUCUCUACGCUCGCAUGGCUCGCGCCGCCGCUGCAAAGGUGAUCUUUUGCGAGAUCGCACCGGAGAGACCGGCGAGGAGGGAGGCGCCGAUCCUGAGGGUGAGGUCGGUGGGGCCCACCCCCGACGGCGGGAACAAGAUCGUGCUCCAGCCCCGGCUCUGCACGCUGCGAUCGUAUGGCUCCGGAUCGCGCGAUGGAUUGGUGAGGGCCCCGAGGGGGGACGACCCCUCGCCGUUCUUCGCGUCCCUCGCCGAUUACAUCGAGAGCUCGCGGAGGAGCCACGACUUCGAGAUCGUCUCCGGCCGCCUCGCUAUGGUUGUGUUUGCGGCUGCGGUGUCCAUCGAGGUGGUGACGGGCAACACCCUCUUCAAGAAGCUGGACAUGCAAGAAAUUACAGAGGCAGCGGGGCUGUGCGCAGCUGUUGUCGCCUGCGCCGCCGCGUUCGCGUGGUUCUCGAGCGCACGGAACCGGAUCGGCCAGAUGUUCACCUUAGGAUGCAACACCUUCGUCGACUCCCUCAUCGACAACCUCGUCGAAGCCCUCUUCUACGAGGGCGAGCUCAGCGAUUGGUCUGAUGAGAUGUAGAUCGGUGUUGUGAUGUAGGCCAACGUAGUAAAUUUAUAGAUUGAAGCUGUUCGGCUGGAUCAUGCAGCGGUAGUAAAUUUAUAGAUUGAAGCUCUGUACGUAGUGGACGGCUCUGGCACGUAUUGCAGUAGAUGGUGGUGUUUGAUCUAAAUUUGUGUAAUUUAAACCGUUGAAGUAAUAGGCGAGUGCACAUGGGUUGGAAAACCCAAGAACUAGCUACCUUCUAUGUAACUUGGAGCUUUAAGUAUAUAAAACAUAGAAAAAGUUCCAUUUAGUACA